GUUGGGAUGCACGUAUGAAUGUGGAUAAGCUAUCCCUCCAUCGUACUCCACAAUCGCCCAUAGCAGCCUACAAUACUUUUCUUCCACUGAAUUUAGGGCAAUCCUUUAUCUUCUCUACUUUUCCCAAAAUCCUAUUAUCUAUUCCUUCAAGAUAAAGAAACUCUCUCCCUAUACGCAAUAAUUCUCUUAAUUCUAAUUUUAAUUUCUGAAUCCUCGAAACAGGCAAAGGAAAACAAGAAAAAAGCCUCUCAACAUAGUUUUAUUAACAAAAAAAAUAGAGGCUUUAAUAUUGUUGGUUGGAUAAUUACAAGUCAAAAAAAUCCCCUCGCAGCUUUAUCCAUUUGCCUCGUCUUUCUGUAAUUUCCAUUCUUUCUUCAAACCCAAUAUGAUGAGAAGGCAACAGGAUGAACAAUCUAAGGUUUUUGAAGAACUUUCUUCUGUGAUUUUAAAUAUUCUACGAUCACCACCGGCUCCAAUUGAGUUUUACGACGAUUCCAUGUCGACUACGGCAAUGUCUCCAUCGUCUUCAGGGAGGAGGACGGCGUUGACAGGAUCGAUGCAGCAAAUUACUCCGGCGGGAUUUGCAUCUCUGCUUUUGGGGAUUUCUUUUGCUUUGAUGCUUUGCGGAUCGGUGACUUUCUUCAUUGGGUUCUUAAUGAUGCCAUGGGUGCUUGGUUUGGUUAUGGUCUUUUAUGUUGCUGGGAUUGUCUAUAGUUUGACUAUGAUUGGACGGGCUAUUUUCUAUCAUAUAUCCUCUCCCUCCUUACCGCGAAAAGAUUUUCAGCCAUGGAAACUUUUCUGAAGCAAUUUAAACACUUUGUAAGGUUGAGGAGUAUGAUUGAUUGUUUUCGUCAUUAGAUGCAAUCUUCCCAGCAAAUGUUUAGACAAUGGAUGCAGGAAUGUUGAUAUUAAUCAAUUGAGGAUAUUGGAAGCUCAUCUUUCCCAGUGGAGCAGGGAACAAACUUGAGGAUUUCAAAGUGAAAGUAUAUUUCACUUAUUACCUACACAGAGCAGGAAGCUCAAAAUUUCUGUGCCUCCUUAUUUUGUUUCCUCAGUGCGCUAUUUUAUGCCUCUUGUUCCUUUGGAGAUGUAGAAAUCGCAGUCCCUUUUUUCAUCCUUCAAGUAACUUUGGCGGAAGUGAAGUACGAUUUGGAUUAUGAUUGACGUUAUCUUUGUGAAUAUUUCUACGAUACAUGUCGAUGGGAAAAUAUAGUGAAUAAUAUUGCUCUGAAUUUGAGAA